CUUCCGGGUGUUACUGACCGGGCUCUCUACGCUGCUCUUUCGGCGACUUUUUGGUCUUCCGCUUCUUGCCACAUCCCCCAACUUACCAUAGCCCUGCUGGCCUUGCCUUUUUCUGUGUGUCGCUUCUUCCCGGCAGCCAAGCCCGGAGCUUAAAUCUCUCUUUGAGUCCGGAGCCAGGCCUGGCCAUUCCGCGGGCCACUAUCUUCUUUGGCUCCCGCGGAACUACAACCGAGCGCCCCGGGCGGUCGCCGCUCCCGCCUCGGAGCUCCUGGGCGGGCAGUGCUGGUGGGCCCGGCUUAACUCUUAGCCGAAGACAGCUUCUAGGAUCGAAAGAGGAAUCUUGGGACGCUUGCAUGGUGUUUCAAAGGGUGGUGAAGAACUAAGGUCUUUGUUUUCUCCUGGUAAUCCGUGGAUGUCCUGUUUAAGUGAGAGGUAGAAGAAUACAUGUUCCCAAACUCAAUUUUGGGUCGCCCACCUUACACUCCAAACCAUCAACAAUCUAAUGACUUCUCCGUGUCACCAAUUUUUUAUUCACACCAGCAGCAGCUUGUAGAUGCACAGUUCAACUUUCAGAAUGCAGACUUGUCUAGAGCUGUGUCAUUACAGCAGUUGACAUAUGGAAAUGUCAGUCAAACACAGACCUCAACUUCUCCAUUAUUUCGAGGAAGGAAGAGAUUAAGUGAUGAAAAAAAUCUUCCUCUUCACGGUAAACGGCCACGUUUCUAUUCACCUCACCAAGAGCCAACUGUAGUUAACCACAUAGUGCCUUUAUCAGGUGAAAGAAGAUACUCAAUGCCGCCAUUGUUUAAUACGCCCUAUGUACCAGAUAUAGUCAGAUGUACUCCACCUUCUCAAGAAAUACCAUUUUUAGAACCUAGAGAAAUCACACUGCCUGAGGCCAAAGAUAAGUUGAGUCAGCAGAUAUUAGAGUUAUUUGAAGCAUGUCAGCAGCAAGUAAGUGAUUUAAAGAAGAAAGAACGCUGUCGAACACAGCUGCAGAGAGAAAUUCAGCUGUUAUUUCCACGAAGCAGACUUUUUUUGGUUGGGUCUUCCUUAAAUGGAUUUGGUACCCGGAGCAGUGAUGGUGAUUUAUGUCUGGUUGUUAAAGAGGAACCAGUAAAUCAGAAGACUGAAGCAUGGCAUAUACUCACCUUAGUCCAUAAACACUUCUGUACUAGACUUUCUGGCUACAUUGAGAGACCUCAGCUGAUUCGAGCAAAAGUGCCAAUUGUGAAGUUCAGGGAUAAAGUCAGUUGUGUGGAGUUUGACUUGAAUGUAAACAAUAUUGUUGGAAUAAGAAAUACAUUCCUUCUCAGAACUUAUGCAUACCUUGAAAAUCGAGUUCGUCCAUUAGUACUGGUGAUUAAGAAGUGGGCGAAUCACCAUGAGAUAAAUGAUGCCAGUCGUGGUACUUUAAGCAGCUAUAGUCUUGUACUGAUGGUUUUGCACUAUUUACAAACCCUACCUGAACCCAUCCUUCCAUCCAUCCAAAAAAUGUACCCAGAAUCUUUUAGUCCUGCUAUACAACUGCACCUUGUACAUCAGGUUCCAUGUAAUGUUCCUCCUUACCUCUCAAAGAAUGAAUCAAAUCUUGGGGACCUCUUACUGGGCUUUCUGAAAUACUAUGCUACAGAAUUUGACUGGAGCAGUCAGAUGAUUUCAGUUCGUGAAGCCAAAGCCAUUCCCAGGCCUGAUGAUUUUGAGUGGAUAAAUAAAUACAUCUGUGUAGAAGAACCUUUUGAUGGAACAAAUACAGCCAGAGCUGUGCAUGAAAGGCAGAAGUUUGACAUGAUCAAGGAUCAAUUUUUAAAGUCAUGGCACAGAUUGAAAAACAAGAAAGAUUUGAACAGUAUACUACCUUUAAGAGCUGCUAUCCUGAAAAGAUAACUGGCCUCUAUUUUUUAAUAAAUUCUUCUGAGAAUUAAAGAACAAUAGUAACAUUGUAAUGUGUUUUGUUUACCUCCAUCAUGGUUUCUUUUUAACUGUUCUUCUUGUUUUCGUGUUUUAUUUUUAAGAGGACAUACUUAUAUAAAGAUUGCAUAUUUUAUUAUGACAUUUCUAAUAAAACCCUUUGAUUUAAAGAUGUAUUUUUGAAAACAUUUAACACUGAUGAUUAGUAGUGUUACAGCAUGAAAUUUCAGAUCAGAUAAAAUAUUUUUGGGGUAUUAUCUGAACAAAUAAUAGGUUUAUAAUAUAACUUCAAUUAAUCAUACCAUAUGUUAAUACUGAAGAAAUGUGUGUAAUUUUGGAAAGGGUCUGAUUCAUACAUACUUAAAGUAUAACCUACAGUAGAUAGAUUGUUGCCUGUCCUUUAGUAAAUGAAGGUUCAAGUCAGUUACUCAGUUACUUGAAGCAAAAUGAAAUCUUUUAUUUCAGUGAAAUCACUGCAGAGGCAUGAAAUACUGGAAAUUGCCUUAUGUCUUCACUUGAAUCACCAGGAUGGACUGAGGCUUUGGGUGUGUCUGUAUUAGCAUUUUAUUAGUACCUCACAUGCUUUUGAUGUAUGUACUCUUGAGAUUGCUUUAAAUUUUUUGUUGACACCAACAGUACAUUUUGCACUAUAGUAAUAUGAGCACUAACUCUGUAUUGUACAGCAGUUAGUGAAUUUAAAAAAACAAUCAGUUCCAUGUAAACAUUUUGAAAAGAUUAAGUCCCCUGUGCUUUAUGAUAGCUUAGUGCAAUGUGCACUUUUGCUUUGCUUUGCUUUUCUGCUUUUAUUUUUUCUGUGACAUGAAGCAGCAGAAACUGUAAAAUCAAAGUUGAGAUUAUAUCCUAUUGAUAGUAUCAGAUUUUUUUGCUGUGUACAAUUAUACACAGUAUAGGAUUAUAAUCUAAACUGGAAUUUUUAGUCAGUAAGCCACUAUAAAAUGUUCUGGAUAAGACAAAAUUAUUAUAAAUAAAAGCUUAAUGUUUAUAAAGAUAUCCUUUUUAGUAUUUCUCUUCCACAUGAAGUAAUGGUGGCUGCUAAAAAGAUAGUGCUUAUUAAGGUUGUUUUUGGUUUAUGUAAAUAUUUGUAAAUUGGUCAGUGCCUGUACAUUUAAAUAUGAAGGGUUGUCUUGAAAACAGUUUGAACUUUUUGAGGACUGUGUACAGUUUCUUUUAGACCUGCUGUUGGCACAGUUUGUACCUCUAAUAUAUUUGGUUUUUUGCAGACCAACUCAAAUGCACUAAGAGUUGCUUUUCUUUGACUUGUAAAAGGUGCAUUUUUACAUUUUCUUCUUUAAGUCAAAAUUUUUUAUCUCAUAUGGAAUAAAGUUUAUAUAUGGACAUUGA